GAGAGGGGAUGCAGUUGAGACUAGUUCUUGUGAGCACGUUGCUGAGGGUUCAUCCUGCACCAGUGCAGACUGCUUUUGGGGAGAAAUAAUUGCAGAAGUGCCAUAAAUAGGUACCCCAAGCAGGUAGGGUUAGGCAAUAAGCCACAAUGGCUGAAAAGACCUGCUAGGAGCUUGUAGGGGAAGCUGGAUGGGGUUGUUUUCCCUGUAGUCAGUAAUGGGAAAUAGGAAUUGCCUGGCUUUUGGGGGAAAUCAGGACUCGUGUAGGGUGAGCAAGGCAGGGAGGGAUUGCCUGGUUGCUGCUGGCAUUUGCCACCAUGCAGGCAUUUCCAUCCAUCCCCCCUCCAACCUUCUUGCCAUCCCCUUGGGGAGAAACCACUUUUUUUUUUUUUUUUUCCCCCUCCCCACAUGUGCUCCAUAAGCUCCAGGCUGUAUGGUGCCAGCCCAGCCCUCUGGCAGCCGGUGAUUUCUGCUGAACCCAGGGGUGAGCCAUGGCCCUCUCCUACCCCCAUGACUCAUGCCCAGGUGCCACCUCGCUCCCUUGGCAGGUGACAGGGCACUGAUUCUGUCUUGUCCUUGAAAAUCAGCCACGCUGCUGCUGAGUCAGCCAGCGGAGCAGGAUAUGCUCUCCUGGACUUCCUGAAGGAGCACGCAAGGCUCACCCCAAGACAAGCCUGAGCUCCCCGCCAGUGCCGUGGGGGGUUUGGAGACCACCUAACCAUCUCAAGGGGGACAUCCCAGCAUGUCCCAGCCAAGGCAAAGCCGGGCUCUUGUCAUCGUCAACACCAAUUUCUGCAGCAGCGAUGGUGAUGUGGUGUUCGGGACGCGGAAAGGAGCCAAGAGAGAAGCGGAGCAGCUUUCCAGGAUUCUCUCACGGCUCAACUACAAAGUGAAGGUGAUGCAUAACAAGACAGCCAAGGAGAUAGAAGACCUUUACCAACAAGAGUGCUGCUGCAAGCACGGGGAGUACUUUGUGAGCAUCAUCUCCAGCCAUGGUGAGGAGGGGGUCAUAUUCGGCUGUGACACAGAGCCAGUUAAACUGACCCGGAUUUUCCAGAUUUUAUCCUCAGAGAAGUGCCCGGCGCUCAGCAAAAUACCCAAAAUCUUCUUUAUCCAGGCUUGCCGGGGGCAAGAAUUCGACCAGGGGGUGUUUGUGGAGUGUGACAGCAGGGAGCCCAAGCCAGAGUGUGGGCCAGACUACCUCUCCAUCCCUCCCCAAACCGUUGUGAUGUUUGCCUGCAGCCCAGGCUACGUGGCUUUCCUCAACAUCUGUGGAUCCAUGUUCCUCCAGGCCCUGCUCAAGGUCCUGGAGGGAGAGGAACGUCACCUGGCCCUCAACCGCCUCAUGACCCGCGUAAACUGGGAGGUGGCCUUUUGCUGCCAGGCCAGGGGCGCCUACGAGGGAUGCAAGGAGAUGCCCUGCUUCAUCACCAACCUAGUGCAGGAGGUCUUCCCCUUCUCGGCACCCAUCGCAGAAGAGGCAGAUGGUGUUUGAGAGCUGCUGGCUCUGGAGGAAAGCCCAAGGGGCAAAAAGCAACGGCUUGGUUGCAAGAAGUCCCCUGCCAUGCAAGGAGAAAAAAAAAGACAAGUUACAAGAAAACCAACAGAAAACCCUUCUGGAAAGGUGACUGGUUCAAACUGGGAUGGGCCGGAGCUACCAGGGGGAAGCUUUAACAAGUCAAGUGCAGCUGGGGCAGGUCUUACCGCAGGACCUUCUGCAGAACAGGAACAUCCAAUUUAAGCACACGAGUGUGCAGUGACACCCCAACACCCCACAGCAGCACCCCCCAGGCCAUGGCUACCCACAGCUCCGGAGGGGCACGUAAGCCUGCUGCUCUCCCUCAUCUCCUUACACAAAAGAGCUCCAGCUCUGCAAAUGCAAUCUCACCUAUUUUGUUUGUUUGGGUUUUGGGUUGUUUUGGGUUUUUUUUUUGUUAAUCUAAACAAACCUUCACAGGCAAUGGACUUUUAUCUUACGGAGGCAAAGCUGAUGUGUUUACUUGGCUGGUGCCCUACCCAUAAUGAAAAUACAGCUGCCCUGCUGUAAAGAUCA